UUGAAUUUGAGGUGGAUGCGUCAGAACAAGCGUGUGCUGAACUUACCCUGGAAGCCAAGCGUUCGUCGAGCGGAUAAAUCUAAUGCAAUUGACGUGAUGGUAUCAGGUGUACUAGGAUCUGAGAUAUCACAAGAGCAUUGGAGCAAUUAUUUCACCGAAAGUGUCAAUCCUAUUUCAACGGAAGAACGUAAAGAAUGGCUGAGUAAAUUGAACAACGUGGUUGUAAGCUCAGAUGCAUUCUUUCCUUUCCGUGACAGUAUCGACUGCGCUAAACAGUUCGGUGUGAAAUACGUGGCAAGUCCGGGUGGUUCAGCCAGAGACGAGGAUAUCGUCGAGGCGUGCGAUGAGUAUGGAAUGACUCUUAUCCAUACGGGCCUUCGACUUUUCCAUCAUUGA